UGGCAUUUCAGCCAUUUGUUCCGUCAUAAUGGCGUCCGGUGAUCGGACGAAUCAGCUUUUCUCUCCUCCGAUGCCGAUUGUGCAGCCAACUACUCCGACGAAGCGUUUGUUGAUCACCAGCCUUCUCGCAGGAGUUAUUGGAGGAGGAGCUGGCUUAGUGUCUAAACACCGGAAAGCUUAUCCCAAUAUUCCCUCUAUUUACACUACUAAUUUCGCUAUCGUCGCUGGUUGCUAUUGUGCGAAAUCUUUUGGUUUUUGGUUAGGAGCUCGUGAGUUUGUGAGAAUAACUCGAAGAUCAGAACACGAUGAUUUGAUGAACUCAGCUAUUGGAGGGCUUUUCAGUGGUGCUUUGCUUGGUAGACUUCAAGGAGGUCCUCAUGGUGCGUUGCGGUACUCUAUAAUUUUUGCUGCAAUGGGCACAGCUUGUGAUUAUGCUGUCCUUAGAGCAAAACCAAUGCUAGCGACCUUUCGCAACAUGGACUCAGUGAAGUUGCCUGAAUGGUCUCCUAUUCAAAUCCUCGAUGAAGAAGCCUUGGAAAAGAAGAAAGCUCAGGAACAGAGAAUAUCCGCAGAGAGAUCCUUCGGCAGAUUGAAUAAGGAAGAAACUUGACAGCUCAAAAUUUCUGAGGUUGUUGGCAUUUUGUUUAUGGUUUUGCUGUUUCGUUAAAGUACUUUUGGGUCUUUUAGAUGAGACUUGAGGAGUAUUUUCUUUCUUUUGACACAAGAAAACGUCAUCUGGAGACAAGAUGUAUGGUGACCUACUAUGAGAGUAUAUAUUAUUAUUCAUGGCAAAUCUAGAACUUCGAUUACUUUGAAUAUUAAGACUUGCCAUAUGAUUUGUAGAAUGGAUAAGACUUGUAGCAAAAUUAUAUAAAUGUAGCUCAUUACUACUUAAA